UGUAGUAGUAGAAAAAAAAAACAUUGAAGAACCGUUUGUGUUUUAAGCUCUGCAAACUGGAUUCGUAAAUACUGAACAGGUUUAACAUUUACGAUCAUCGACCCCCCGACCAUUUUCCAAGCACCACAGGAUAAUCGCUCACAAUAAUGUUUCAGAGACGUCCACCAAUCGGGCCUUUGUCGACUUUGAAGUGAGGGGAUUCGGCCUUGUUGUCGAUAUGUGUGUGCCUCGCUUUCGACAUUGCCUGUGCAGUGUUCAACGUGCACUCAACUGUGGUUUGUAAUUGACCAGAUUUUUGCUUUGACAGGAAUGUGCACAAUGUGGCAUUUGUGUAAGGAAGCAGUGCGGUUGUCGCGUCACAGAUGAAAGCGCUUCCUUCUCAAGAGAGCUUUAGAGUCCUCAAAAUCACUGACCUCACUUCAUCUUCAUUCACUCACUUGUUUUAGUAGUUUGUGCCUGAUUGCUUCAGGGGUGCGCCUCAUUUCUGAACGAGUAUCGGGUUGUCUUCCCUCCAGAGCGAUGCCUCGUUCCUUCUUGGUAAAGCGAGGAGGGCUGAAUCCACUUCGGUCAGAGCAGAGAAGGAGCCUCGCUAAAAACGAAAGGGGGCCCCGAGACUCAUCCCUGGGGGACGCCACAGAGGGUAAUGGCACGGUUGCUGUCGAAUCGCUGCAGCCGGUUCCUCGUGACCAACACUGUGAAGACAAAAACAAAGUUGAAGAGUCUAUCACGUGGCCGAGACAUCGCAUGGCUUCGGACAGCCAAAACUCAUCAGGACUGGGCGUCUCUCAUCAGAACGACUGUGACGACGCAAAGACGAUUUCUGACGGUCAAGAGUGUCCACUCUGUGGCAAAGUAUUUACCCAUCUAUUUAGUUUUAAGAGUCACCUAUAUAAGUGUCAUGGAAUCAGGUCCUACACAACGGAGGGUCAAUCAUGCAAGGGCAAGGACGUCAGGGCGUUUGGCUGCAGCGUGUGUGGGAAAGUGUUCAAGCGCUCGUCCACGCUGUCCACUCACCUGCUCAUCCAUUCCGACACGCGGCCCUACGCCUGCCAGUACUGCAGCAAGCGCUUCCACCAGAAGUCGGACAUGAAAAAGCACACUUUCAUACACACGGGCGAGAAGCCCCACGUGUGUCACAUAUGCGGCAAAGGCUUCAGCCAGAGCUCCAACCUCAUCACACACAGCCGCAAGCACCAAGGUGACUGGCCCCACCGCUGCCCUCGCUGCCUCUUCAGCUUCCAGGAGCCGGUGGACCUGUGGCACCACCACUGUGCCCGCCGCUGACACGGCCAGGUUACACGCACACCAGCCUCUUUCACACCGCGCUGCAAUUCUUGGAGGCUUCGGUGGGCACAGGAGCUUGGCAGCAAAUAGGAGACGAGGCGCAACUAGUUCAGGUUUGCUGCCUACAUUUGGAGCAGCACAAAUUGAAACCAGAGCUUAGUUAGGUUCAUGGAAUUUGGAGACUUGAUGUGUUUUAGGCAAUGCAACUAAGACUAGAUGAAGUUGGCAAAGUUAGCACAGUAAUACAGUUGACAUCUUGCCAAUUGUUACACGCUGGACUUUUUUUUUUUUUUUUUUUCUCCUUUCCUGAUCCUUUCAACAAAUAAAAAAUGUUGUAUAUGCACACAUGGUUUGCACUGCAUCUAAAACUUGAAGGCGCCGCCUCCACCUCUAAAACCUCUGACAUUAUAAAAACAUUUGACCAUU